CUGUUGCAAAUGCUGAAAUUCUACGCACGCUUUGAGAUAAGCGACGAAACCGGAGAUCCAAUGACGGACCGCGACAUGACGCUGCAGCAUUACUCACGAAUAACAUCGUUACAGAAAGCAGCAUUCUCUAAGUUCCCUGAUCUCCGUCUCUUCGCGUUGGCUAAUGUUGCAAGUGUUGAUACCCGAGAAUCCCUACAAAAACAUUUCGGUAACCUAAGUGACAAAGCGUUGCGUGCCAUCGCGACGUAUCUGAAUCUAGUGCCACCUGAAGGAAAGGAACAAGAAGCGCCCUGGCAUCGUUUGGAUAAGGAUUUUCUCAGAGAGUUAUUGAUCUCCCGACAUGAACGGCGUAUAUCACAGCUGGAGGAGCUCAACUCUAUGCCUUUAUAUCCAACUGAAGAGGUGAUAUGGGAUGAAAACGUGGUCCCUACGGAGAUAUACAGCGGGGAGAACUGCCUCGCCCUGCCCAAACUGAACCUUCAGUUCUUGACACUGCACGAUUAUUUGUUAAGGAACUUCAACUUAUUCCGGCUCGAGAGCACAUAUGAAAUCCGACAAGAUAUUGAAGAUGCUGUGUACCGAUUGGCGCCAUGGCGGGCAGAAGAUGGCAGUGUUUAUUUUGGUGGCUGGGCACGAAUGGCGCACCCGAUUGAAAGCUUCGCGGUGGUAGAAGUUGCAAAACCUAACAUUGGAGAGAAAGCACCGUCCCGCGUGCGAGCAGAUGUUACAGUCAUCCUUAGCGUGAGAAACGAAAUAAAGCAAGAAUGGGAAAACCUUAGGAAGCACGAUGUCUGCUUUUUAAUUACAGUCCGACCAACACAAGGCAUAGGCACAAAAUAUGACUAUAGAAAGAGUAUGGUAGAGCAAGCUGGCAUUGUUUACGUGAGAGGCUGCGAGGUAGAAGGCAUGUUGGAUGCAUCUGGGAGGGUCAUUGAAGAAGGUCCAGAGCCUCGCCCUGAAUUAGACGGAGAUUCCAGAACCUUCCGUCUAUUACUCGACCCUAACCAAUACAGGCUAGAUUUGGAUCGUGCUAGCAAAGGAAAGGAGGAUGUGUACGAGACAUUCAAUAUAGUAAUGCGACGUAAACCAAAGGAGAACAACUUCAAAGCGGUGCUGGAGACUAUCCGCGAGCUCAUGAAUACCGAAUGCGUAGUGCCCGAGUGGCUUCACGACAUUGUACUGGGAUACGGAGAUCCGGGACAAGCACAUUACACCAGAAUGCCCAACGAAAUCCCGACUUUGGACUUCAACGACACGUUCCUGGAUAUGGAGCAUCUGCGGAACAGUUUUCCCGGGCACGAGAUUAAGGUGCAAACAGACGACCCACGGAAACUUGUCCGCCCGUUCAAGGUCACAUUUGAAAACGUUCUGCGAAAACAGAAGCUUGGAGAAGACGCUAUGGAUGAGGACGAGCCACACAAAGCUAUUGUAGUGGAGCCACACGUGCAACCCAAGCGAGGACCCUAUCUCUACAACGAACCUAAAAAGAACAAUAUCCUAUUCACACCAACGCAAGUUGAAGCAAUUCGUUCAGGAAUGCAACCAGGUCUAACGCUGGUUGUCGGUCCUCCAGGAACAGGUAAAACCGAUGUGGCGGUACAGAUAAUAUCCAACCUGUAUCACAACUUUCCAUGGCAGCGUACAUUAGUGGUAACGCAUAGUAACCAAGCACUUAACCAGCUGUUCGAGAAAGUCGCCGAACUCGAUGUGGACGAAAGACACUUGCUACGUCUCGGACACGGUGAAGAGGCGUUGCAAACUGACAAAGACUUCUCCAGAUACGGACGCGUGAACUACGUGCUGGCGAAGCGUUUGGAGCUCCUGGAGCUGGCGGCGAAGUUGCAGCGGUCGCUGCGCGCGGGCGGCGAGGCGGGCGCCACGUGCGAGCUCGCGCACCACUUCUACGUGUACCACGUGCGGCCGCGCUGCGACGAGUUCCUGCGCCUCUGCGCGCAGGACAAGACUAAAUCGGUUGAAACAAUCAGCAAAGAGUUUCCAUUCCACGAGUUUUUUGAAGACGCUCCCAAGCCUCUGUUUCCCGGAAAGUCUUACGAUGAAGACAUGGAAAUUGCACGAAGUUGUUUCAGGUACAUAGAUCACAUAUUCGAAGAGCUGGAGGAAUUCCGCGCGUUCGAAUUACUUCGGUCUGGUUUAGAUCGGUCCAAGUACUUAUUGGUAAAGGAGGCUAAAAUUAUCGCGAUGACCUGUACUCACGCGGCUCUAAAACGCUCGGAAUUGGUCCAGAUGGGUUUCAAAUACGACAACAUCCUAAUGGAGGAAUCAGCUCAGAUUCUCGAAAUUGAAACUUUCAUCCCACUGUUGCUGCAAAAUCCACAAGACGGUCGUUCCCGGCUCAAACGCUGGAUAAUGAUCGGCGACCAUCAUCAGCUCCCGCCUGUCGUCAAGAACAUGGCCUUUCAGAAGUACUGCAACAUGGAGCAGAGCCUCUUCACUCGGAUGGUUAGACUCGGGGUCCCUUACGUCGAACUGGACGCACAGGGUCGAGCUAGACCAAGCAUUUGCAACCUUUACCGAUGGCGGUAUCGCGCGCUCGGUGACCUCGGCCACGUGCUACGGCUUCCGGAGUACCGUGCGGCCAACGCGGGCCUGCUGUACGACUUCCAGCUAAUCGAUGUGGGUGACUUUAACGGCGCCGGCGAAACUGAACCCAGCCCAUACUUCUACCAGAAUCUAGCGGAAGCAGAGUACGUGGUAGCGGUGUUUAUGUAUAUGCGCUUGGUGGGAUGGCCGGCGGAGCGCAUCUCAAUACUUACCACCUAUAAUGGCCAGAAGCAUCUCAUCCGCGAUGUCGUCGACAAACGAUGUGCGGGAAACCCGCUCAUAGGUAGACCGCAUAAGGUGACGACCGUGGACAAGUACCAGGGGCAGCAGAACGACGUGGCGCUGGUGUCGCUGGUGCGCACGCGCGCCGUGGGCCACGUGCGCGACCUGCGGCGCCUCGUGGUGGCCGCGUCACGAGCUCGCCUCGGUCUCUACAUAUUCGCACGCGCAGAUCUCUUCCGCAACUGCUUCGAACUGCAGCCUACUUUCAACCAGUUAGUGGAGCGUCCGCUGCAACUACAACUGGUGGUGGGCGAGCGGUUCCCGGCACAGAGAGCUUGCGGCGCGCAAGUGCCGGCGGCGCGCGUGCUGCACGUGCGCGACAUGCCGCACAUGGCGCGCUACGUGUAUGACCUGUACCUCGACAUCGUGCGCUCCGGACAACACGCACACGCACGCACGGAGGACGGCAUGUGGAGCGCGCCGGGCAGCGGGUCGGCGGCGCGGCCGCGCGAGCCCGGCUGCCUGCGCGCCGCGCACCCCGGCGCCGGCGACAGUGAUGACGACGACGACUCCGCUCCGCAGCCGCAACCAGCAAGCACAGACGCACCCACGUUCACGCCCACCGAGAUUGUUAACGAACUCGAACAUGCGCCGGACACCUGA